AUGGCCAUUGCCAUCACCCCGACGAUUCUCAGGAAGAUCACGCGUGUUAUCCGCGACUUCCUUUGGCAUGGCAGAAAGGACGCCAAGACGGGCAGCUGCUUGGCCACUUACCCCUCCCGCCCAUGGCACCACCUACAGCUCCCUAGUGAUGAUGUCACUGCCCAGUUCUUCCGUGCCUCCACUGCCUGGCAGCUAGGUGAUGGAACGACCUGUUUCUUCUGGACCAACCACUGGCUCGAAGGCCCAUCGGUCGCCGAGCUCGCCCCCUCCCUCUUCCGGUUCAUGCCACGUUGCCGGCGCCGCCGCACGACGGUGUGCGAGGGCCUCACGUUGCGUACCUGGAUUGGCGACAUUCAUGGCACCCUCGGGCCGCAAGAGGUGAUCGAGUACGUCGGCUUAUGGCACAAGCUGCAUGGUGCUACCCUCACCUUCAAGCCGGAGCGCAUCAUAUGGCGCUGGACCUCGAAUGGUGUCUGA